GUGCGUAUCGCUUUCCACUCGACGACCAAAACGUCCCUCCGCCCCGCCGGAGAACUGAACGUAUAGUAUCAAAUUAAGUAACAUGGUCGGUCACAGAUAAUGAUGCAUUGAGCGUAUUUUUCACAUUUUCACAAAGUUCAUCAUCGGUCGUCAUUUCCCCUGGUCCAAAGUCUUGAAAGUUUUUCUGUGUCCACAAUCCAAUGUGGAAUUAUGUAAACGUUUUUUUCCCGACUGAUCCCGCCUAGUACUAUAUGGUUUUGACAAAUUACAGACAGACUUACUAUAUUUACGUGACACAAAAAUAAUAAUAAUUAAAUACCUAGGUAUAAAAAAAAAAAAUAGGUAACAUUUAUUCGCAUGCAGGACAUGAACUACAAUGUACCCACGUUCGUCGACUUCCAACUCAAAUAUCGACGUUUCAAGAAUCAACUAUCGUCGGAUAAUGGAUCACAACAGUAUGCCUGACAUAUUACUGGGGAACACAGUGAACACUUACGAUACGUAGUGUCCAAUUUUGUGUAUCCGAUCAGACAAUACCACGAUAGAUAUUGUUGAUGAAUCAUUAAUUUUGUUUUAUUGUUUUCAUAGUAGUACAGUACAGAUUAAAGUUCAAGUUUUGUGACAAAAACUUGCAAUGCAAAAGGAGGGCAAGCCUAGGUUUUUAAAACAUCAUAGCAACAGUGUCCGAGGAGUAGCGUUUAGUCCUCGAGACCGUUAUCUAUUUUGCUCUGGAGCUUAUGAUGGCAAGGUCAAUCUUUAUUCCUCGUUACGUAUGGAAUUACUUAUGUCAUAUUCUAUUACCACAAUGGCUGUUGCAAAAAAUGUAAAUGCAGUUAGGUUCACAUCUGAUGGUUCUAGGAUAUUAGCGUGUACAACUUCUCGUAGACUUUCAGUUGUCGAUGUUGAACGAGGAGAACAACUAUUAGCCUAUGAUAAUUGUGCAGCUAGUGGGAGAGAUAGAACUGGUCUAGCUACUGAUCCUACAUCACCUAACAUAGCGGUUUCUGUAGCUGUAAAUGGCAAAGGUCUUACGUUAUUAGAUCUACGAAUGCCAUUACCUCUAGAUUAUGUUUAUGAUCUACAUUCUAGUACUAUUCGUGAUAUAGUUUUUCUAGAAUCAUCAUGGCCUUGGGCAACGAGUAGCGGAGUUCUCAGCACACUUAUCACUGCAGGCUCAGAUGGUUGCUGUAAAGUAUGUACAAUGGAUGGCCGAAUAUUGCACACAUUUUAUUCAGGGCGCCAUUUGAAUACGGUUUGUCCAACACCAGAACCAUAUCAAGGAUUUUUGUCAAAUGGGUUUUAUAGUGUAAUUAUGAGUGGAGGCGAUAAAAUUACGUCGUAUGUCCCUAAUUUGGGUAUUCAAGAGAGCUUCUGUGAAAACCGUGAUAAACCAAUUUGGAAAGUCAGAUACACAUCAAAUGGUAGCUUUCUAUAUUCUGUAUGUGAAGGUGGCGUUGUUAGAAAAUAUCGAAGAUAUCCAGAUAGACAUGAAUAUCUUGGAGAAGUGUAUACCCAUAAAGGAGAUAUACAAGACUUAGAUAUAUCUCCAUAUGAUGAAUACCUCAUUACAGCAUCUAAGGAUCGAACAGUGGGAGUACUACGUCUAGGAGCUCCUAGUCAUGGUUGGACAGACUAUGGCGAACUUACGUGAUAAUUUAAGCAAUAUUUGGACGAAACCCAAAAUUAGUAUAAUUACAAUAUUUGUAAAUUUGUAUACUUAAGAAUAUGUUAUAAGGGAUUUUUUUAAAAAAAAUUAAUGCCAACCGAUGCACCAAAUUAAUGUGUGAUAUUUAAUGUAAACCAAAAAUUGUACCAUUUUGGUCAAAUUUUAUUAAAGAAAAAAAAAGUAUAUAUUUUAUAGUGUUUUAACAAAAUAUAAUUCUAUUUUUUUAUUUUUUUAAUGAACUAUUUAAUCAAGAUUUUCAAUUAAUCUUAACAAAUUUAAAUCCUUUUAAUAAAUAUUUAGUAUUAUUCAGUAAAUUGUAUACAAUACGAUAAUACUAUUUUAUCUAAGAAUGCUUAAUAAAUUUCUGACAUAAUAUACUAGUACAGAGGUCAGCAACUGGCAGUCUGAAUCCGGACCGCAGAAGACAAAACUCUGGACUUCAUCAAUACAUUGUACUUGAUUAUGUUAUUUACUCUAAUAGUAUAUAGUAUAUUAUAUUAUCAUAGUAUGUAUUAUUAUAUUAUUAUUAUUAUUAAUAGAAAAUGUAUAUUUCAUUUCAUUUUUUAAAAUCAGAUUACCUAGUUGUAUCACAAUUCAUUGCAAAUAUUUUAUCGGGCUGGUUAUAAUUGGUUUUAUUACGAUUUCAUAAAUGUAAAAUUAACAGACUCUAACCUUGAGGACACAUUGCGCAUAAGUUGUUCUCCACGAGUUUCCGAUUUCAAAAAACUCAUUAAGGAAAAGAAAAUGCAAUUUUUUGCAUUAAAUUACUUCAUAAAUUAUUGUUAUUAUUAUACAAAAUUGUUAUUAUUGGCGUUUAAUAAACAAUAAUAAUAAUAAUUAUUAUUAUUAUUAUUUACUUAA